CGGCAGACGAGCUGCCUCUCCAUUCACUGCAGUGCUGCUCUGCUGUGCGCUCUAAAGGGACAAUACUCUGUAUUCAGUCUGAAGCAUUGAGGAGUAACGUUUCUACAUUGGCUUCACUUAUACUUCUGUGUGCAGCAGCCGGACCAUGGUUCUGUGUGAGGACGGAGAGUGCAGCGUAUGCCUUCUGCCCUACUCUCGGACGGACAGGAUCCCCAGGGUGCUGCACUGCAGACACACCUUCUGCCAGCUGUGCCUGGAGACCAUGUCUCAGGCCAGGAGCGGGCUGCUCACCGUGGGCUGCCCUCUGUGUCGACGGGUGACUGGCAUAGGACGCAGCCUCAGUCUGCAGGAAGCUCUGUGGGUCAACAGCAAGCUGUGGGAGGAGAUACCAGAGGAAGAGGACGCUGAGGCCGAGGAGGAGGAGGAGGAGGAGGAGGAGGAAGAUGGACUGAAAGCAGAAGCUGAGGAGGAGGGGACAGAGUCCAAACAGGAAUCGUCGCUGCAGGCAGAGUGUGCUUCUUCCAGGUCUGCCAGAACAAAGCUCAAACUGCCUGGCUUCUUCAGGAAGUUAAGUUUAACGAAGCAACACCAAGAGCGCAUUGUGCCCGGCAGUAAUGUGGAAAUGAAAUCGUGGCGCAGGCUUCCAACUGAAGAGACUGUUUAAGAAGGGAGAAGAUGACGAGGCAGAGCCUCUCAGGAUGUUAUUAGCAGAUGCUAGACGCCAGAGAAGACAACUCACCCCUCUGAGACCAGAAAGUCGAGGCCGUUAGAGCUAGGAAUCCAUUUGUGUUUCUAUCAAGACAUUGUUUGUCCCCAGCCAAAGGUUCCCCGUGUCCCCAUUAUUUAUUCUACGCCUAAUUCCCCCAGCUGGUGCGGGGGGAUUUGGUUCAGCUGUCCCAGGGGGACUCACACCCCGGGACCCCCUUGUAACAGAUGGUCUCUGAGGACCUUCCCUUCUGAACGUUGAUUAUAAAACUAAUUGUGUUUUAUUUUAUUUAUAUAGCUAGCUGGCAAAGUAUUUAAUAAAACUAUUUUUGAAAGAAAAAGUGUUUUUAUUUACGCAGGGAGAUAAAAGAAUCAUGAGCAAUUCUGUACUUUACAACAUACAUCAUUUAUAACAUUAAGUAUUUAAUGGUUGAAAAAAGUGAAGGUAGUCGGAGAUUUCUGAAUGUGAAAAUUACUUUUGUGGUCUAGAAACAACAAAAGCAUGUCACAAAAGACUCGUUCAGCCAUGAAAGUGGAUUAUAAACUCCAUUCAGUGAGCAUCUGGCAAUAUUCCAUGCUGGAGAUAUUAGAAUGGCGGAUCACUGUCAUGGAAAUGGACUUUAUUCUAUUGUGCUACCUUAUGUGCACACGCCAUUUCAAAAAUAUACAGCAUUCUGAGAUGAAUGAAGUCUCACUGAGGUUUUACAGGGUUUGGCUUCUCACUCGUGUUAGGGUCAUGUGAUUUGGCUGCAAGAAAUCCGUUAGUAGUCCCACUGGUUUGGUCCCUGAGUGGGUGGAGCAGGUUUCUGUAAUCCUGUGAAACACUCAUAUUUUUUAAUGACUGUGUUAUUUUUCCUCUCAUUUAUGUUUUCCCACGGUUAAAUACUAUCCGAGUGACUGACCUCCUCUCGACACAGGGAGCUCCUUCCAAAGCUGUAAUGACCCGGCAGCAGCAGCUGGCUGUCAGUCAGGAGGACACGCUGUGAGAGUGGCUCAGUUUCAGUUUCGCAACAUUCACUGGCUCCCACAGCGCUGCUGCUAGUGUUGAUCUGAGGGCCUUUAAGAUGGAACAGAACAGGAAACAACUCUCGGUGCAGGGAACAAGUACUCAAAUGAUCCACUCAAGAGAAACAGCAUGGUUACAACGUGAAAACAAUUCAAAUAAGAUCCU